UAACUUUUCAUCGCAUUGUAAUAACAAUUCUUUCUGCUCUCUCCGAAAGCCCUCGCCGCCCACCAGUCUUAUACAGCGCCAGCUAGAAUCCAUGGGUGGGUGUGCGAGCAGACCCAAGGAGCUUGACGGCAAGGCUCCUGACGAUUUUACUGCCGAACAAGUAGCCCCCUCUGAUGCCACUGCUGUUGUCGCCACGACCACUGUCGCUGCGAUCGAGUCAAAUGAGAACGUAGAGAAGGAGAACAAUGAGGUGGCCGAGCAUAGCGAGAACGUAGAGCAGGAGAACAAAGAGGAGGCACCGGUGGAGCCCUCCGAGUCGAAGAUUGAGGUGGCCACCGUCGAGGCCAGCGAGCAGAAGCCCGAGACUACGAAGGACACCCCCAAUGCAGAAGGAGGAAACGACAAAGACGGCGUCAAGGAGGAGACAAAGCCCGACGAGAAGCCGUCCCAAAGUUAAAAGAGAUCCGAUCUGCGCGACGUCUUCGCCCGCAUUCAUUUGUACGCUGUUAACUUGAUCAAAGGGUGUCAAAAUCUGGGGCUGUUGUUUUAAUUCGGCAUCAAUCAUCAUUGUAACCUAUGUGAUGCUGUACACGGAACCAUGCAACGUUGUUUCAUUUGUGAACACAUGCUUAAA